AUGCGUAUUCUCCUACAGCCUCACAGGAGACCACAAGGUAAGCGACCCCCAGGUAAGCUGAAUACUGCCUUGUUAUCUUUGCCAGCUCACCAUCUCCGUUUCAGCAAUGAGCUAACUCAACGGCUAGACAACCCUCCAAUCUUUGCCGCUGAAGCUGCUGCCGAGAACGCCUCCGUGGAGAACCGCUGGUGUCAACGGCGAGACAUGGUCCAGUCGACGGCGCUCGCCGUCCUCGGUCGCGCCUCCCGCCAACACCAGGACUGGUUCGACGACAACGACGCCGCCCUCAGAAAACAGUUCGCCGAGAAGAACCGCCUACACAAAGCCUACUUAGACCGACCAACUGAUGACAACAAAGCUGCUUUCUACCGCAGUCGACGCCAACUUUAUCAACGACUGCGCGAGAUGCAGAAUGUCUGGAAUGCUUGCAAAGCUGAGGAGAUCCAAGGGCACGCGGACCACAACAAAUGGAAAAAGUUCUUUUCCGCUAUCAAAGCUGUCUAUGGACCACCGACUUAA